UAGCGCCUGCUGACUCUGCUUAUUCGGUUAUGGAAUCUCCCUAUCCCCUCUUACUCGUCGGUUGUCAUCUCUCUCUCUCUCUCUCUCUGUCUCAUCCCAAUAACAUAAACCGAACAAAGCCCCCCCAACGCAACAACAACAGCAACACAAACAUAAGACAAUCCCCUCCUUCCCAUGGUUUCUCUCUCCUCCUCCUGUUCUUGUUCUUGUUCUUGAUCUUGUUCUUGAUCCAGACCAAGAACCCCGAACCCUCGCCGACCCACCAAUGGCCUCUCCCAAGAACCACCGCCACCACCUCCACCCCAACGGCGACCACAAGACCCAUGUCCCCAAGAAGCCGAAACUCGCCGCCGCCCUCAUCACGGAUUCCGAGGUCCAGUCCGAGUUCGCCCACCACGACCCUUCCGUCGCCCGCAUCAACAACGGCAGCUUCGGCUCCUGCCCCGCUUCCGUCGUCGCCGCCCAGCAGCGGUGGCAGCUCCGGUUCCUGAGGCAGCCCGACCACUUCUACUUCAACGUGCUCAAGCAGGGGAUCCUGGAGUCCAGGGGCGUGAUCAAGAACCUCGUCAAUGCCGAGGACGUCGGCGAGAUCUCGAUCGUCGACAACGCGACGACCGCCGUCGCCAUAGUGCUCCAGCAGAUCGCCUGGGGUUUUGCGGAAGGGAGGUUCGCGAAGGGCGACGUCGCGGUCAUGCUCCACUACGCGUACGGCGCGGUCAAGAAGUCGGUGGAGGCGUACGUGACGCGCGCCGGCGGGCGGGUGAUCGAGGUUCAGCUGCCGUUCCCGGUGAGCUCUAAGGAAGAGAUUGUGUCUGAGUUCAGGGCGGCCUUGGAGAGGGGGAAGGUGGAUGGUAGCAAAGUGAGGUUGGCUGUUAUCGAUCACGUCACGUCGAUGCCGAGUGUGGUGAUUCCUGUCAAGGAAUUGGUCAAGAUUUGUAGACAGGAGGGGGUUGACCAUGUUUUCGUAGAUGCGGCUCAUGGGAUUGGGUGCGUUGACCUGGAUAUGAAGGAAAUUGGGGCUGAUUUUUACACCAGCAAUCUGCACAAGUGGUUUUUCUGCCCGCCUGGGGUCGCGUUUUUGUACUGUAGGAAGUCUUCCGGAUCGUUGGACUUGCAUCACCCGGUUGUGUCCGAUGAGUAUGGUAAAGGGUUGGCUAUAGAAAGUGCUUGGAUCGGAACGAGGGAUUAUAGUGCUCAGUUGGUGGUGCCUUCGGUCUUGGAAUUUGUUAAUAGGUUCGAAGGCGGUAUUGACGGGAUUAAGAAGAGAAAUCAUGAAGCUGUUGUAAGAAUGGGGGAGAUGCUGGAGGAGGCGUGGGGGACAAACCUCGGCUGUCCACCGGAUAUGUGUGGGAGUAUGAUCAUGGUAGGGUUGCCUGCUUGUUUGGAGAUAUCGAGCUAUGCAGACACUCUGAAGUUGAGGGCCCAUUUGAGGGAGAGUUUUGGUAUUGAAGUGCCGAUUUAUUACCGAUCUCCAAAAGAGGGAGAGGUUGGUCCAAUUACAGGGUAUGCUAGAAUCUCGCAUCAGGUUUACAAUAAGGAAGAGGAUUAUCACAAGUUUAGAGAUGUGAUUGACAAACUCGUGGGCAAUAAGUUCACUUGCAAGCUUCUUCAUGACUAAUAGGCCUUAAUGUGUUCUGAUAAUAAAAGCUGCAGUUUUCAGCUCAGCUUGCAUGCCGUCGGCAGCUGUCAUGGUUUAGUUACCAUGGGACUCCAAGAAGUCUGCGUGAAUCAGGAACUGAAAGGAUGUGCGUCGCCUUUGUAAUUAGAUUUUUAGGAAAGGUCUUGACUGCAGGCUCAGUUAGAUUGAGAGAUGCUGAUGACGGGCUCUUCUAAUUUCUUCGGUUGUUUAAUGCUUUGUCGAUCCUCCUUUGUGCAAAUAAAUAAAAACGAACCUGUUCUUAUGUCGGCAGGAGCUGCCUACAAAGUCUGUGGAUUGAAGCUUUUGUUUAUUACUGUAUUGAUUCUCCACAGCUUGUUAUUUUUGGUA